AUGUCCAACUUUGACCUGUUCUCUACGGAGCUUACUUCGCCUGACAGCAGUCUAGGUGGUCCGGCCGAUCUCAUAAUCUGCUUAUCUGAGGGCAAAAUUGCACACACCUUUACGCCCGAUCCCAAUGCUCUAGCUGUCAUUGCCAGUUCGAACACACCGCCAGCUAAUUCGCCCUGCCAGGGGCCUGAGUCAAAUCAGCGAGAACCCGCAGUCGUUGUUCCGUCCUGCAGCGCUUGUGAGGACACUGACGAAUGUGCACCACUGCUUGAGAAUGAUAUCGUCGCGACUAUUGACUGCCCUCUAGAUGAUGCCAGUGGAAGCCAACCGCAGCACGGAUUGGAGGAAGAGGAGGAUUAUACUAACUGUGAAAAGUUAGCCUAUGGAAAGAUAGCCUCCAGGGUCUACACAUUGUAUGCUCGUUCGGUUGGUUACUUGCUCACAAUCGGUGUUUUACUUUCACUGACCUUCAUGCAAGCAACUAGAAAUGGCUUAGAUUUCUGGCUAUCAUUCUGGAUGAAGAAUGAAGCUAAUACAACAACGUCCGAUAUCAGCUAUACGGGGAUGACGACUUUCCCACGUUUCGACUUGUUCAAUCUGCAUUCUCUUGUCUGGUUGUCGCGCCAACGGUUUGACGGUGCUACUUCCGAAGUGAAGUCUGCACCGGAACAUGACACGAGCUUCUACCUCAUGGUAUACGGUGGUCUGAUCGCGGCAAAUCUUGCAUUUACCUCUAUCCGAGCUGUCCUUUUCGCAUUUGCGGGCCUCGCUGCUGCUGCAAAUAUUCAUAAAAGCAUCCUGGAUUCCGUUUUGCAGGGUGAAAUGAGGUUCUUCGAUAGUACUCCUAUCGGCCGUAUUCUCAAUCGUUUUUCAUCCGAUGUUGGCACGGUGGAUGACAGCUUACCAUUCCGGCUGAAUAUCUGUUUGGCUGUCAUCUUUGGUCUGCUUGGUUCCGUGAUCGUUACAUGUCUGGCAAUGCCGACAGUCUUGAUAGUUUGUCUGCCACUAGUUUUUGUUUACUGGUCAGUUCAGCGAGUGUAUCGCGGAGCAGCUCGUGACCUCAAACGUCUUGCUAGCAUUGCGCGUUCACCUGUGUACGCCCAUUUCUCAGAAACCAUUGCCGGUUUAGUAGUUAUCCGGGGCUUUCGGAAAGAAGAAACGUUUGAGAGAACAUCCGGCAAUCGCUUGAAUGAGCAGACGCGUUGUGAACUUGCCUCUUUGGCGGCUUCGGCUUGGCUUAAUCUCCGCCUCCAGAUGAUUGCCGUUAUGGCCGUUGCCUUUGUUGUUUUAGCAGCCAUUUGCGGAAGACUCCUUGGCUGGACAGACGUUAGUUUAGCUGGACUUGCGGUGAUAUAUGCCCUAAUGCUGGCAAAUCUAAUGACCUCUACCGUAUCUAUCAUGACCGACACAGAGAAAGAUUUUGUUGCUGUUGAGCGCUGUCGCGAAUUGGAAGAAGAGACACCUUGGGAGCCAGAGGUUGUCCCUAUGACCAUAGUCCUUAUUUUCGACUUAUUUGUCAAGUUAUGGCAAAUUGUGACCCAGCAGGCCUUUAAAAUGGGUGAAUGUCAUUUGAUGGGUCAAAUGGACGGAAACUAG